CAUUAAUUUUUUAUAAUGUCUUUCGAAAGUUUUAUUGAAUAUAUGUACGAUAGUCCUUACGACUACUUAUCGCGACGAUAUUUACGAGAUGCAGAAAAUCCGAUGGAAAUUUAUGAUGAAAAUGAAUUUCGAAUAAGAUUCCGCUUCACCAAAAAUAUUGUGGCAAGCUUUUUGUUACCCCUGCUCUUCCAAAAUACUGGAAACAGCAAUCGUGGAUUGCCGAUUCCACCAGUGAUUCAAAUGCUAGCAGCCUUACGAUUUUACGCAACUGGAAACUUUCAAAUUGUUUGCGGCGACUUGCACCAAAUAAGUCAAUCAGUCGUUUCAAAGAUUGUGGCCAAUGUAUCGAAAGCUUUAGCUUUAAAAAUAAGGCGCUUCAUUAAAUUUCCUGACGUCCCUGAGCGAGCUAAUGCGAAGAUUCAAUUUCAUCGUGUUGCUGGAUUUCCUGGGGUUAUUGGAUGCAUUGAUUGUACCCAUAUUCCAAUAAAAAAUCCAAACCGACAAAACGGCGAAGUAUUUCGCAAUCGUAAAGGUUGGUUUUCAAUUAAUGUGCAAAUAGUAUGUGGCCCUCGGAUGGAAAUAUAUGAUAUCGUAGCACGCUGGCCUGGAUCUGUCCAUGACUCUAGAAUAUUUAAUAAUAGCAGGUGUUAUAUGAGAUUUGAAGAAGGGGAAAUUGCAGGUUUACUGAUUGGUGAUAGUGGUUAUGCACAGUCACCAUACAUGUAUACACCAGUCCAUAAUCCACAAUCACAACCUGAAUUCAAAUAUAAUAGGGCCCAUAUCAGUACUAGAAAUAUUAUAGAAAGGUUUAAUGGUGUAUGGAAAAGAAAAUUUGCAUGUUUGAAUAGAAAACUGCAAAAUAAUCUGUCAAAUACAUGUAAUAUUAUAGUGGCAUGUGCUGUGCUACAUAAUAUUAGUAUUGAGACCAAUCAAGAAAUGAUUGAACCCUUAACCAAUCUUGCUGUAGUUCCAGUACCUCACACUGGUGAUACAGCACGAGGUAGUGUUAUAAGGGCUGCAUUUAUAGCAAGACAUUUUAGUUAACACCUACAUCUUAUUAUGUUUUUAUAUAUACAUUUUUUUAUAUGUUACUUUAUUUUUUUAAAUGUUACUUUAAGGAGAAUUUAAAUA